CCAAUGGCUGCUCUCUGGUUCGUCUUCCUCCUUCCACUCAUCACAUUCGGCCAAUCUCAGUCCACAAGUGGAAUCAACCAAACUGAUCUGCAGGCAGCCAUGGCUGACAUGAGAGCAAGGUCUUACCAUGGAUUUGUAAUCCUCUUGAAAAUCCUUAACAGCAUGCCAAACUCCCUGCAAACCUCUGAUCUAACGUUUCUCAUGCCAAAUGAUGAAGAAUUAUCCCAAUUCUCAAUUACUCCAGACCAUCUCCAAGAUUUCAUACUCAGCCAUUCUAUUCCAACCCCAUUAGUCAUCAAUCAAUUGCUACGUUUUCCAAAUGGCUCUCUGGUCCCUUCUAGCGUUCCAAACAGGAUGAUCAGCAUAACCAACAGCAGGAGAUCAGGAAUGUUUCUGAACAAUGCAAGGAUUAUCACACCCAAUGUGUGCAUCAGCUCUUCCAUAAGGUGCCAUGGAAUCAGUGCUGCUUUAGAAUUUGGCCACAUAAUUCCAAAUCACCAAGCUUUGGGUUUUAAGGAUUCUGCAAAGAAAAGUAACAUACCAAAACCAACCUCCUCUGUCAAACACAAGAGCAUCCCACCUUCCAAAUAA